AUGCUGGCCGCGUCGGUACCAACGGGCGGCUGGCGCUCCACCGCUGCCGGCUCCAGGAGGCCAAGUGUCAUUGUGGAGGCUGCAAAGAGGCAGCCCAAGAACCCCAAGGACUAUGGUACCAUGGACGAAAUCAGAGAUGCACUCCAUGCCGUCAAUGGAGACCAGCCCAGCCUAUCAGGCUUCUUGAAUUGGUUUGGCAAAGGCACAUUUGGCAACCCCAAGAACAAGGAGGGGCCCCUGGCCUGGUACCACAGCCUGCUGGAGAGUUCCUGGGUCAAGUCUCUGGACAGCAGAGUCUCCACCCGGCCUGGCUAUGUCCCAACGCCUGCCGACCUAUCAGAAUCAUCACCACAGGAGCCACCCACCGACGUACAGGUUGGGGAGGCAGAUCCCCGGGCCCAGCAGCUGGCAGCCCUGCUUGCAUGCCCAGUCUCUUGGGCAACCACCCUUGCAAAGGAGUGCCCCAACCUUUUGGAGAUGCAGCCUGGGGCUGUUGUGCAGCGCCUCAUUUCCCUGAAGGAGGCCCUGCCAGAGUGCAAUGUCUCACAGCUGGUGGAGGCUGACACCAGGCUGUUCUUUGAGGGGGACCAAGAUGAGGUAGAUAGGAAGGUAGCGAGCAACUACGCCCUGCUCCAAAGGGAACUGGUGGGGGCCGAUGUUCGGGAGCUGGUGCAGUUGUACCCAUCGUUGCUGGUCGCCGACCUCGGACCGACCGUAGAAAGACUCCGGGAGCUGUGGGACGUCAACGCCCACGUCAUGGAGAACACCACAACGGAAAGCCUGGGCCAGACCCUGGAGGCAUUGUCACGCAUGGGGCCGCCCAAGAGAUUGUAG